CCCCGACUCAAGUACGGCAUGUCUCGGUACAUGACCACGCCUUCAUGGAGCUCCGCCCUGGACCAACUGCAGAACUUCCUGGAGUGCUGCGGAGUCCAAGGACCCUCGGACUGGUACAAUACUACUUGGAUACCUCUGGAAAAGCUUGGCAACACCAAUGUGGAUUCAGAACUGGUGCGGGCCACUGGUCGUGUCCUGGUGCCUCUGGUCCCCUCUAGUUGCUGCAGGACUUCCUCCCCGGACUGUGGACAUCUACCUUGGCUGAACGACAAGACCAGGUCCUUGGCAGACAUCAGGCUCGCAGACCCUUCACUGCUGUAUUCAGCUGGAUGCGAGGAGAGCAUCAAGAACAACCUUGCUUGGGACUUGCUAGUCUUCAAGUUCAUCUUGAUGGUUGAAAUCUUGCUUCAGGCAGUGCUCGUGCUGGUCGGUAGAUUCCUCUACUCCUCCACACUCAACAGUGUCAUGUUGGGUCGACCUGAGGGCUCCGCCCCCGGCUGGUUGGUCGGUCCUCGACUGUUCAAGAGGAAAGACCGCUUCGGCUACCUUCAGGACUACGACCAAAGAUGUCAACAAAUUGAAACGGGAGAACCCGAUGAAGAUCCUUCAAACAAAAUAAGAUGGAAGUGUUUGUCAAAAAUUCGCUGCAGAAAAAGUGACAAGGACGCCAGCUCCGAAGCCGAUGGAACAGUGACUUCAGGAGGUAAAAAAAUACUUGAAUCACCUUGCCUGAAAAAACUAAAAUCAACCAAGUGUGUUUCUAAAUUGAAAGAAACAUAUGCAAAAAGGUUCAAGAGGGGGGAUAACAAACAAGGAAAGAACACAGCAUACUCUGAAACUGUAGAGUCCGAAACUGCAGUGGAUAAGGAUGAAAAUGAAAGUCAAAUGACUGACUUUGAAAUAGAAGAAAUGCCAAUAAGUGGGUCCAAACGUAAUUCAAAGAAAAGUCCAGAUGGUGGGAAAAGGAUGAGAACCGGUGGAGAUCGAAACAAUAAACGCACUUCUGAACUCGAAAAAACUUUGAGGAAAAGAUUAACUGAAGAUUUACUUGAAAUUCAAAAUGUUUAUCGGGACAAUCGUGACACAGACGUGUUUGAAACAAGGACAAAUCUUUCAUCUCCGUUCUGUCGGGACUCAAACAAUCGUGAAUUUUCCAAAGGAAGAGACCCGAUGAGAACUAUAGAACACUCGAAGAAACCUAAAAGACAAUUAUCCGUUGAGGUCAAUGACUUCAAAAAGAGAAGAGCUUUAUUUGAAAAUGCUAAUAAAUCAAUGAAAACCGUUUCUCCAUCAACACAUAAAUCUUUGUCUUCGAUAGACCUAGAAGCUGCUGGAAGUACAAAGUCAGGCUCCACAAGGGGCACUUUAGGGACAGAAAGAACAGUUUUCAGCUCUGGUAAAAACAAAAACAAUUCACGUCCUGUGAUUCUGAGGAACUAUCCACCUCUUUCUCCGUUAGAUUGAUUUGAUUGGCAGGCUCAGAUCUACAGAGGUUGAGUGUUGUUUUCAAUGAAUUAAACUCUGCCGUAAGCCGUACGGUUUGAGUUUACAUCGCGUUAUAUUGAUUGCUCAUCCAAAUGUGUGCACAUACAAAAUCAAACGCGUAAUAGUCAUUCUAGGUAGUUCGUAUUGUGAAGCUUAAGGAAAAAUAAAAUUAAAUUUGUUGUUUUGAAUUUGUAUGACAGUUCUUUGUAA